AUGAGUGAGAGGGUGGACAUUGAGGAGUCGGCUAGCGAGGGUGUCGGUGCCAAGGGCAGCGCUGUAGCAAGUGCCAUGGGCGAGGCUGGCUCAGGGACAGGCGUUGGGUGCCAUCAGCGGAGCAGGAAAGGUGGGUGUCAUGGUCUUCAAAGGCAGGGGGCACCAUGGUCGUCGGAGGCAAGGACACAGCAGGCGCUUGGGCAAGGGUAG